AGAAUUGACCGUAGCAGCAGCAGUAGAAGCAGCAGCAGCACCAGAAGGAGCAGCAGACUCAGCAGCAGCAGCAGCAGCAGCACCAGAAGGAGCAGCAGACUCAGCAGCAGCAGCAGCAGCAGUAGCAGCAGCAGCAGCAGCAGCAGCUGAAGGAGCAGCAGCAGCAGCAGCAGCAACAGCGGCAGCAGCAGCAGUGGCAGCAGCAGCAGCGGCAGCAGCAGCAACAGCAACUGCAGCAGCAGCAGCAGCAGCAGCAGCAGUAUCUACAGCCAUCCCCAUCCUCCCCUCCUCUUUGAGCCGCCGCGGUCACACAGCCGCGUCGUGGCGGGCGCCCACGUGGCGGCCGCACCAACCCUCAGGGAGGGGUGGAGGUGGCGGUUGUGGGGGCAGCGGAGCCGGCGGCGGUGGUGGCGGGGUCGAGGGUGGCAGCAGUGGUGGUGGUGGAGGCAGUGGUGGCUCAUCUGGUAGCCAUGGUGGCCGCCCUGGCACUCUCCCCCCAUGUGACAUUUACGACCCAGCUGUCCCUGACUCCCCUGCUCACUCUGCCUCAUCGCACCAGCACCAGCAGCAGCAGCAGCAGCAGAAGGAGCAGCAGCAGCAGCAGCAACAGCAGCAGCAGCAGGUGCAGCAGCAGCAGGUGCAGCAGCAGCAGCAGCAGGAGGUGCAGCAGCGGAUGGAGCAGCAGCAGCAGCAGCAGCAGCAACCGCAGGCAGUGCAGCAACAGCAGCCGCAGCAGGAGGUGCAGCAGCAGCACCAGCAGCAGCCCCAGCAGCAGGUGCAGCAGCAGCACCAGCAGCAGCAGCAGCAGCAGCAGCCACUGCAGCAACCUCAUCGGCAUCGCCGCACCACCUCUCCUGUUCUUGCUUGAUUCGUCGGUACCGGUCGCCACAC